GGACUGAGUUUCCUUUACCAUCAAACUCGAUCAAACCCAACUCCGCCGCUGACUAGCUUUUUGAGCUGCGUCGGUUCUCGGAAGAAUUUGUUUUCCGCUUGUGGGGGGAAUCGCUCGCAUAACGCAAGAACAACACAGCAAUCGUGCUUGGCGGGCCGGAGAAGGGCAACUUCUCCAAUCUUACAGAGUUUUUCUCAUCGCCGAAAAUCAUCGAGAUAUUCACCGACCGGGGAAGUUCGUUGAGCUCGUAUGGGUUCGAAUCCGUUCAGGAAGGAGGCUCCGGCCGAACACCCCCGAUCAUCGCAGCUUGAUCCGGCUUCGGGACAGGAAUCACAAGUGCUCUCGACAUCGCCGAAUCGUAGUAGAGCGAGCUCAUGGGAAGGUAUAACAUAUCUAGGACCUUCCCGCUUCCUCUGGCCUAUGGGAGGAAGAAGGCUCCAGCUAACUGGGCGUGUUUGUACGUAGCCGUCGACAUACCACCCCCUUCACCGGCUCUCCAGAAGCGUAGUCCUCCCCCACGACCACUUUCGAGAAACAGAAGAUCCUACCUCCCUCCGCCUGAGACCAUAACGGACCCGUUCAAUCCUACUACUGAAUCUCCGGUGUCUUCGGACUUCGAAGGUAAUGAUGACGAUAUACUUACUCAGGGUAGGCCUGCCGCUUAUCCUCAACUCCGUUUAGCGCUGAUGUUUCUAUAGAGCCAACCGAGCUUGGCCGCCCGGGAACAACCAGCUUUCCUAGUGCUGGAAACGAUGGAGGGUCCUCAGUGGCCAGGUCUGGACGACAAUCGCUGGACGCAGAUGCCUUCAAACGACUAAUGCUCACGGGCCAAAGUUCGCUCUCUGCGCCCCCGACAUCGGAGGCGGGGUUAGCUCCUCCAGCUGUUGCACCGGAUAGCUCUACAGACUCAAGUAGUAUUUCUCGACAGUCUAUCUUCGAUCCAAUACCGGAGGCAGCAGAUGGAGUUCCGGAUGAGACACCCAGGACCAGCAAUGAAUUAGACGAGGAGGGGGAACGGCGUCGACCCAAGGAACGGACUCCUAAACCGAAGCCUCCACCCCCGAGGGCGCGGAAUAGGAGCGGCGGAGGAUCUCCAGGUUCCCCGCCCUCUUCAACGGCUGAUAUCUCCGGCCUGACCCCACCUCGACCUCCGUCAAUACACUCUGUAUCAUCGGAGAGAUCACUACCACCACCGCCACCACCACCACCAGUUGGCUCAACCAAUCCCAUUUUAAACGGGGCUGUGUCACCGCCAUCUCCUGCGCCAUCCAUCAUCUCAAAGAAAAUAGCCCCUUCACCACCACUUUCUCGUCGUCACUCGGUUCAAUCAAAUACUAACCCCAUUCAUCCGAGCACACCGGUGGGAAGCGCCAAUGGCUCUAAAAUGAAGCCACCUCCACCCCCGAUCCGCCGGCGCAAGAGCACAAAUUCCCGGGCUUCUACACUUCCUUUAUCUGCCCUAUCUGUCCCUCCGCCACCCCCGCCGCCUCCGCCAAGACGGAACAGAAGCUCCACAGCAAAUUCAUAUGAAAGUUCGGAGGAACUUCUAACUAUUCCCCCAGCAGAACCUUUACCCCUACCUGCAGAGCCAGAAAUACCAAUAGUUCAAGGAACUGAAACAGAUAUCUUGAUUGAUCUGGAAAAGUUGCAAAGAGAGGUAGAUGAAUUACGGGGUAGGUAUGAAGGGAGGGGCGUUGGUCCAGCGGUGCCAACUUAAUACAUACCGUAGCAUGCGUGCUGGGCACGUUCCUUUGCUUAUUUUUUUAGGACGGAGUUUGAUCGGCCGAGGGUGGAUUGAGUGGUACUCGCUUUUACUUUCCUAGAAUCGGACUUUUAUUUUUCUUUCGAGCCAAGAGGAGAGAAAGACCUGAGGAAAUGGGCAUGCUUGUUCGGGGGUAUACCUGUUUUGCGCCGCAGCUUAAUAGUGGAUAUGAAUUUUAAUGGCUUAUCCCAUUUAUGAUUUUGUGAAUAAAUGUUUGGCUGCAAGUUGCUUGGCUUGUUCGUGGGGUUAUCAUGUUGCAUGUCGUGAGGUCUAGUAUUGAUUUAGUCUAGCGGCAGUACUGUGGUAACGGUGGCGGCUUUGAUUUAGACUAUCCAUAACAAUAAAUGCCAUCUCAUCUC